AUGUCCGGCACUGGAUGGGCCGUCGCCUGGAGCACGAAGCACUCAAGGUGGUUCUUCCAGGACAGAGAGAAGGGCCUGGCCAGUUGGGAGCGGCCGGCGGGUUGCACCGUUCCGGUUCCCUCUGAGCCGCCACAGGAGCACAAGGAAGCUCUUUCCUCCAGCCUGCCGCCGGGCUGGGAAUCAGAAUGGGACAGCCGCUAUCAACGACCGUACUUCUUCAACCGCAUGACGAAGGAGCGAACGUGGGAGCGGCCGAAGGCGGAGCCGGCAGUGAGGGCAGUGCCGCCCCCGCCGGUCGGCACGACAGCCACUGCAGCCACCACAGCCUCCGUAGAAGGCGAUCCCAGGGCCAAGCAGCCACGGAGAGACGGAGCAGGAGGCGCUGCCAUGGAGGAGACCAUCUCUCCUGGAAGCUCUCCACAAGGCCGCAAUCUUGCUGGGGUGCAGCGCCGAGGAGCAGGCACCGAGUGGCAUGCAGAAGAGUUCAAGAACCGCCUGGAGAAGGCGAGAAGCACCAAGGACAGAAACUUCAUCAAGUCCAUCCUGAAGGAGGUUGCGGAGAACAAUUACGCCUUGCGCAACCAGUGGGCCGUCCCAAGGACAGAGCUCGUUUCGGCGGAAUCUUGUUUGAAGUCUCGAGUCACUGGCAUGGGCACCGACCCAGAGAUCACCUUCUCGUGCAUGACCACAGCAGAUGCGCUGAUGUUUUUUGGCCGUGAACCCAGCCGCAAGGUUGUUGGACUCAACUUUGCCAAUGGCCAAUCAGUUGGCGGAGGCUACAAGAACGGGGCAUAUGCGCAAGAGGAGGACUUGUGCCGUCGAAUGCCAACGCUCUACACGUCGCUCUACAACGCGAAGAGGGAGGGGCAUUACCCUUUCGGCCCGGCUACUUGCUCGAGUGCCAGUCCGGCAAGAUACUCUGACGUCUUGUGGACCCCGAAAGUUUGCAUCGCCCGAGCGGGUGAGGAUCGAGGAUUCGAGCUCCUCCCCAAAGAUCAACAGGCUAACGUGUCGCUAGUGGCAGCAGCAGCACCGAACAUUAAGUUCGCUGAUCCUCCGGAGCGCUACGACAAAGACCUAAUGCUCAACACAGUGAAGGCUGUUCUCCUCGCACCCCUCAACAAGCAGCCGGAGACCACCACCAUCGUGCUUGGUGCCUGGGGAUGCGGUGCCUUCGGCUGUGACCCAUAUGACAUCGCGGAGCUCUUUGUCAAGGCCCUUGUGGAACACAGGCUGGGCCGCCUCUACAGAGAGAUCCACUUUGCCAUACCUCAGUUUGAUGUGACCGACCAAAAUCCUACAGUGUUCCGUGAGAUCUUCCGCCGCAAAGCCGUGAAGUUCAAAGAAAUCGAGAUGACGCUUGGCUGCAAUGUGGGAACGGUCAUUGAGGCAGGGCCCGGGUUGGUGAGCCUUGAGUACGGGUUUGCGCAUGAGAAAAUCAAUCGCGAGGUGCAGAGAUGGGUCACCAACAUUUCCUUGACGGGUGUUGUUCAGUCCGACACAGAUGGCCAUGCUGGUCUUGUCUGCAUGGACGAGAACCGUUUCACCCACGCAGCAGGCAGCGCUUCGAACCGCUUUGCGACAUGGUCAGCCUGCGACAUGGACGAGCCCCAAACAAGUCUGCAAGUGCCGUCUCGGAGCAAGGAAACCGUGAAGGCGGACAAGAGGCAACGAGAAGCUAUGCAGAGCUUGGACGGGGCAGAUGUCCUGCAGUUGCUUCUGCAGCAGGUCGUUGAGCGUGCUUCUUUGAAUGGGAUCGUUGUAGAGUCUUUCUACCUGCAGCAGCAGAUCCAGUGGGAGAUGGACAAAUACCCAAUUCCAAGUUUUCCACCACCCAGGACAAUGAGAAAUCUGCACAAGCUCCUCUCCCGCAUGAGCUUGAAGCAAAUGGUUCAGUUUGUCCGGCGCAGCCCUUUUUGCGACUGCAGCUUCCUCGACGACGUGCAGAUACAGAUGGCUUCCUUAAGGCCAGGAACAACGAGUGACCUCAGCAGCCUAAGGCAUGCGUCGUCCGUGUGGCUAUAG